AGGAAGUCUGUGCAUCGUGCACACGUCGUCGUCGCUCGCUCCCUCAUUUCUAGACCCCGUAGACGUUUGACCGGCUCCGAGCAGCCAAGCUGCCAGGAGAGACGCCGGAACAAGCAAAACCACCACAGACACACGGAUCAAAACAAGCGCUAGCUUGUUAGCAAGCUCAGGAGGCAGAGGAGAUCAAGAAGCAGAGAGAGGGUGGUGGCGAGGAGGCCACGGGAGGAGCGGCAGGGUGGAAGAUGGACGUGAAGUGGGCGCGGAGCCCCCGGUCUUCGGCCGACGGCGACGACGACAAGCGGAGGGCGCCCAGGUGGGGCGGCGCCGUCCGGCCGUCGAUGGUGCUGGUCGGGUUCCUCUUCACCCUGUCCCUCCUCGUGCUCGUCUUCGGCGGCAGGUGGGGAGGCUCCUUGCCCUCUACCUCGCCGUCGUCCUCCUCGCCGUCUUCCACCACGCCUGAGACCACCGUUCGCCACGUCGUCGACGGCGCCGGCGCCGGCACCGCACCGCCCCAAAAAACCACAAUUCCUCCGAAGAACGUGACUGCGCCAUCAGCCAAAACUCUGUCCCAGGACAGGCUUCUCGGAGGAUUACUCUCUGCAGCAUUCGAUGAAUCCACCUGCCAGAGCCGAUACAAAUCAUCCCUGUACCGGAAGCCAUCGCCGUUCCCCCUCUCCCCCUACCUGGUGAAGAAGCUCCGGAAGUACGAGGCUCGCCAUAAGAAGUGCGGCCCGGGCACCAAGAGCUACCGGAAGGCCGUCGAGCAGCUCCAGUCCGGGCGCAAUGUCGACAACUCCGAGUGCAAGUACGUGGUGUGGUUCCCCUGCAACGGCCUCGGCAACCGCAUGCUCACCAUCACCUCGACCUUCCUCUACGCGCUGCUCUCCGGCCGAGUCAUGCUCGUCAACGUGCACCAGGAGCAGGAGGGGCUCUUCUGCGAGCCAUUCCCGGGCACCUCCUGGGUGCUCCCCGCCGGCUUCCCCGAGGGCAACCCCGGGAAGCUCCACGCCGACGCGCCCGAGAGCUACGUCAACAUGCUCAAGCACAACGUCAUCCGCGGGGACACGCCGGCGGCGGCGCUGCCGCCUUACGUGUACCUCCACGUCGAGCAGAGCCGCCUCAGGCUCUCCGACAACAUCUUCUGCGACAACGACCAGGCCACGCUCGGCAAGUUCACCUGGAUGAUACUCAAGUCCGACAGCUACUUCGCGCCGGCGCUCUUCCUCACGCCCAUGUACGAGAAGGAGCUUGCGAAGAUGUUCCCGCAGCGAGAAUCCACGUUCCACCACCUCGGCCGCUACCUCUUCCACCCGACCAACAAGGUCUGGGGCAUCGUGCGCAGGUACUACGAGGCCUACCUCGCCAGGGCGGACGAGAAGAUCGGGUUCCAGAUCAGGAUCUUCCCGGAGAAGCCCAUCAAGUUCGAGAACAUGUACGACCAGCUCACCCGCUGCAUCAGGGAGCAGCGCCUGCUGCCGGAGCUCGGGGAGCCUGCAUUGGUGAACGCGACCGACAACAACGACGGGAAGGUGAAGGCCGUGCUGAUCGCGUCACUUUACCCGGGAUACUACGACGGGAUCCGGGGCCUGUACUACGAGAACCCGACCAGGACUGGUGAGGUCGUGGCGGUGUACCAGCCCAGCCACGAGGAGAAGCAGGAGUACACCUCCAACCAGCACAACCAGAAGGCCCUCGCCGAGAUCUACCUGCUCAGCUACUGCGACAAGAUCGCCAUGACCGCCUGGUCCACCUUCGGCUACGUCGCAUACGGCUUCGCCGGCGUCAAGCCCUGGAUCCUGCUCCGCCCGGCCUGGGACAAGGAGGUUUCCCCGGUCGCCUGCGUCAGGUCCACGUCCGUCGAGCCCUGCCUGCACUCGCCGCCCAUCCUCGGCUGCAGGGCCAAGCGGGACGUCGACGUGGCCGCCGUCAAACCUUACGUACGGCACUGCGAGGACGUCAGCUUCGGCCUCAAGCUCUUCGAUAACUAAAACACUGAGCGGAUCAGUUUUACCCUGACGGAAAUUGCGUUAGUACGUUGUUUUCUCUCCUUCUCCCAGCUGUGGAUUAAUUAAUUAGGUGUUUGGAGGCACUUGCUUGUGUUCGUUUUGUAUUGUAUUCAAAUUCGUUCUUUGUACUUAAUCAUAACGGAUGUUUACACGUGUAUACAUAGAUCGCUAUUUACCUUUCCAUUAAA